AUGGUUCUCGCUCGUGCGCUCCUCGUCGUGGUGGCGCUCCUGGCCCAGCCACUCGGGAGCCGCUCCGGCGACGCGGGUGCCGGGGACCUGCACCCGGUCGUGCUCGUGCCGGGGUACGGCUCCAACCAGCUGGAAGCGAUGAUGACGGCGGCGUACGAGCCCCCGGCGCCUGCCUGUGCCGGCGCCGCGGACCAUCGCUGGUUCCCGCUCUGGCCAAACCACGCGGCGAUGCGCGAUGCUAGCCAGGUCCCCUGCUUCGCCGACCAGAUGAGCCUCGUCUACGACGCCGGCGCCGACGACUACCGCGACGCCGACGGCGUCGCUACCCGGACCCCGUUCUUCGGCUCCGCGCGCGCCCUCAUCGGGUGGGACAGGCUGGUGCCGCGGCUGGAAGGCAUGGGCUACCGCGACGGCGAGACCCUCUACGCCGCGCCGUACGACUUCCGCUACGCCGUCGCGCCUCCGGGCCACCCGUCCGCGGUGGGGGACCGCUACUUCCGCGACCUCGGGCGCCUCAUCCAAGCGAGCCGUCUCAACCAGGGCCGCCCGGCCAUCGUGGUCGCGCACAGCUUCGGGUGCGCGCUCACCUACCAGCUGCUCCUCUCCCGCCCGCUCGCCUGGCGCCGCCGCUACGUGAAGCGCGUCGUCCUCCUGGGCCCCGCGCUCGGCGGGUUCGCCGCGGGGAUGUACGCCCUCAGCGCCGGCAUGGACUACGGCCUCCCGAACGUCACGCGGCCGACGAUGCUCCGGCUGGCGCGGAGCCAGCAGAGCGCGCUGUGGCGCCUGCCCACGCCGCUGGUGUUCGGGGACCGGCCGCUGGCGGUGACCAGGACCGCGACCUACUCGGCGCGCAACAUGUCGGGGUUCCUCGAGGCCAUCGGCUUCGCGGAAGGAGUGCGGCCGUACUUGACGCGGGUGCUGCCGAUGUGGGAGGCGCUGCCGGCGCCGAUGGUGCCGGUGACCAGCGUCAUCGGGUUCGGUGUCAGGACGCCCGAGACGUACGUGUUCGGGACCGAUGGGCUCGAGGGGGAAGCCGAGGUGCUUUACGGCGACGGCGACGGGGACAUCAACAUGGUAAGCCUGGCAGCUGUCGAGAGAUGGUCGGAAGUGGAAGGCCAGGUCUUCAAGGUUGUUAGGUUGCCCGGCGUCCAUCACGAUGGUUUCUUCAGUACCGAUUUCGCAGUGAAGAGCAUAAUUGCUGAGAUAUCGGAGGCAGGAGAGAGUUUAGAACAUAUCGGCGUUGUAUCAUGUCAGCAAAAAUGCAGUGAUUAG